CUCACGCUGCUACGUGUAGAAACAGGAAGUCAGGAAACAGGAAAAAUCUCGGAGAAGGAGGAAAAGUUUAAUAGAGUUUAAUAAUAAAAGAUGAGCCGAAUUUAUCACAACACGUCUUUACAGAACAAACCGGUGCACAAUGAGAAGUUUGACCGCGUGUGGUCUCCCUCUGCGUAUGAAAGUGGCCAGGGGGUUCUCCUAGAAGGAAAGCUGCUGGAUGUUUCCAGACAUUCGAUCAGUGAUGACAACAAUCAAAAGGUCCGUUUCUAUGUGCUGUACAUCAAACCCAGCCGCAUCCACCGGAGGAAGUUCGAUGCCAGCGGGAAGGAGAUUGAGCCAAACUUCAGUGACACCAAAAAAGUCAACACUGGUUUCCUCAUGUCCUCCUUCAAGGUGGAAGCUAAAGGGGAGUCCGACCGUCUGACUGAGGAGCAGCUCUCGGCGACGGUGAACAAAGCUGAGCUGGUGAAGAUAACUGACAAGCACCGACCCAGUGGGACCUGGGCCUUCUGGUACCCAGAGUCCGAGAUGGACGAAACAGAGCUGGAAACGGGACAGGAUGUACGGCUGAAGACUAGAGGAAACAGUCCUUUCAUAUCCUCCUUAGCCAAAGUGGACGGCGGCACCGUGACCAAGUGUAACUUUGCUGGAGAUGAAAAGGCCGGAGCGUCGUGGACGGACAAGGUUAUGGCCAACAAAGCAGACGCAGUCAGCACGCAGAAGCCCGGAGGAGAAGGAGAGGGAGCGGAGGAGGAUGAAUGGGACGAUUGAGGAAAACCAUCUCUCCCAUCGGCCUGAUCUCCUGGCCCUGUUCCCAGUCUCCAGGUUGAACUUCUUCUGCUUGGAUCCAGUCCUGUCUCUCUCUCUCCCGUCUUUAGAUUGGACUCCGUCAUUUCACCGGGGUACCUAACCU